UUGGAUACACUUUGAAUAUUGCAAUAUCAAGGAGCUGCAUUAUUAUUCCGAAGAGAUGAGUGCAGGGAUCGGGUCGGCAGUGCUGGGGGCGCUCAGAGCCGUGUCCGUCGAGCCCGUGAUGCUGGUGGACGGGGCGUGCAAUCAGGCGAUGCUUCUGUUCAUCGAGAACGUUCAGAUGAACAAAAUUUGUUCUCACAACCUUGGAUUUCCUGAUCAGGUGUGCAAUAACUUAUCGGCCCACGGAGAGAGAAAUGUUCUGGUCCAGAGAGAGUUCAGCGUCUUUACCUUUUAUAAUAGCAUCAUCAUGUCCGUCAUUCCACUUAUCUUCGUGCUGUUCAUGGGAGCUUGGAGUGACAAAUAUGGCAGGAAGAUUCCCUUGUUAAUGACGCUGACUGCUCAUGUAAUGUAUGCUGGAGGAUAUCUUUUGAGCAACUGGCAUACGUCUUGGCCCGUCGAGGUCAUCUACUUCGUCACCGUCUUGGAGGCUUUGGGCGGUGGCAACGUGGGCCUCUUGUCUAUCACCAUCAGCUACAUCAGUGAUAUUUGCCCCGAGAAAACUCGCACCUCUCGAGUCAGCACAGCUAAUUCUCUGUGGUACCUCGGGGGUCCUGUGGGCACCCUGGUUGGGGCGUUGGUCAUCGAGUACGGCGGCUAUAACUUGGCUCUCCUGCUGGUUCUGCUGGCCUACCUCUUGGCCGUCCUGUACGUGGUGUUCGUCAUCAAAGAAUCGCACGGACCUUUCGCCAAGACGGAUUUGCAGGCCCACGAAUCAGCCAAGCAAGAACCCAGUCCCGACAACAAGGAUGUGUCCAAGCUGCGCAUGGCGUCCGAUUUCUUCAACUGGCGGCGUGUAGUCGAGUCCUUCAAGACGGCGUUCAGACGGCGCGAGGGCAACACUCGAAUGGUUCUUCUGGCCAUUGUCUUCUGCAACAUGAUUCGGCGGGCUGCUAGAGGUUUCUUCAUGUACAUGUUUGUGCGCCGGGCGCUUAGUUGGGAGGCCACCGACUAUGGCUACUGGGCCACAUAUCGGAAUCUGCUGGCGGCCACUGGUUCGCUGCUGCUGGUUCCGGUCCUAACCAACUCACUGGCAACCACGGACAUUUUAUUGAUAAUACUGGGAUCUGCUUCCCUCAUCGGAGAAUAUAUUUGUUACGGCCUUGUCAGCGGCUUGCCUCAGAGGUUCCUCAUGUGGCUUGGGCCUCCUGCCGGAAUAAUUUCGAACGCCAGCGUCAUCGCUUUCAGAUCCAUGUCCACUAAGCUUGUCAACAAAGAAGAAAAAGGUCGCAUCAGUGCUGUCAUGGCCGCCAUGAACGGCUUGAUGCCAAUGGUCGCCUACGCCGCCUACUCCCCUAUUUAUUACGUGACUGUCGAGACCUUUCCCGCAGCACAGUUCUUCUUCGGGGCCUCACUCAACUUCUGCGUCAUCGUCAUGUUCACAAUAAUUCACUACACGUAUUCAUCGGCAUCUAUGGGCUUCUGUGGGUGAAAAGAUCUUGAAUCGCUUCGGAAAUAAAUAGGACAUUUCUUGGAGAGCUGUAGACCAACUGCGCUUCCAUUCUGCACCUCGUCCAACACUCCCGGGGAGAGCAGACGCUGACGCAGUCCAAGAGCCUUUCGCCUGAAUGAAAGCGAGACGAUGACCUUCGGUGCGUCACGAUGAAGUCAUCCUUCGCAGACUGAGGAGGAGAAAGACUCUCCAAGUCUCGGGAGCAAAUCGAAAGGGAGGUUGUCAAGAUGAUCUUUUUACGGACAUUCUAACAAUAUGCAAGAAAAGCAAACGUCUUCCAAGAAGGACCGAGGACAGCUGCUGUAGGUGGGAUGGGCGAUACGGGUCAAGAUUUAAAUUAUCGAUAAAAUAUAGUACCUGAGACCAAGUUCCAAGUAUAAUGGAAGCGUUUUUAGAAAAUAUGCUCACUGCAGUCAAAAUGAUUGCAGCAUGACAUAGAAUUUUAAAUGAUCAAAUGUUAUAUGAAAUGCUUUUAUUUUUACUCAUGUUAUUAUUACUCGACCUUAUAUUGUCCAUAUUUAAGUUACGCAUUACAUAUGUUCUAUGUGUUUGUAUCAGUGCAGAAAAUAUACAUACUGUACACUUUACCGCUCUUUCCAUCUACUGGUUUCUCUCACAACAUUUGUUACAGAGAUUAGAGCCUCGCGGUCAAAUACACAAAGUGAAGAUAUAUAACUGUUGAUAUAUGUAUGUUGGCAGUCAACUUCUUAAUGAGACUGAAGAAGAGAACUUUAUUUUUAUGAAAUACGUCUAUUCAUAUACUUCCCGCAAUUUUAUCACGGCAGUCAAAUGCCGCAUUAUCUUUCAAAUGGAAGCGAAUAAAAGCUUACAAAAUACAUUUAGGAGUUACAUAUUAAUUAUCAUGUGCAUAUCUAUGUAAUGUAUGGCCAGGAUAGACCGGA